AUGAUCGAAAGCAUCAUAGCUUCUGGGGCGUCCUAUACCGCCCCUCCGGUCGUUUCUUCACAUCCAACUCCCCAUAAAGAUGAGACGUUAGCAUCGUGGGAGAGUAUAGAGUCUUUGGUUGAUAAAGGCUCAGUCGAUGUUGACGGCGAGACUUUGGAUAUUGCCAGUGUAGUCGCUGUUGCUCGUGAGGGAUGCGGCGCUGAAGUAUCAAGAGAUGCAAAGGUCACCAAGAGAGUCGAAGCCGGGAUCGAGACGUUCAACGACUACCUGAACAAAGGAUACUGCAUAUACGGCGUCAACACCGGCUUCGGAGGCAGCGCGGAUACCCGUACAUCAGAUGUAAUCCGACUACAGCAGUCUCUUCUCCAGCUGACCCAGUCCGGAAUACUGACUGGAAGCGACUUUUCCUCGCGGUUGGGCGACUUCAAUCUAUCUUCGCACGCCAUGCCAGUCACGUGGGUGCGGGCGACAAUGCUCGUGCGAUGUAAUCAUCUGCUCCGGGGCCACUCUGGCGUUCGGCUUGAGAUUAUUGAUACGGUGUUGAAGUUGUUGCGCGCGGGACUUACCCCGAUCAUACCGUUGCGCGGGUCGAUUUCUGCGUCUGGCGAUCUGAUGCCUCUGUCGUAUCUGGUUGGGAUUUUGGAAGGCAAUCCUGAUAUCAAAGUUUACUGGGAUCGCCCCGGGGAAGCUGAGAUUGUCUCGGCAAUCAAGGCGCUGGAGAUUAUUGGAAUCCCGCCUUUUGUCUUGAGGCCGAAGGAAGGCUUGAGUUUGAUUAACGGCUCGGCUGCGUCGGCAGCGGUGGCAUCUUUGGCUGUGCAUGAGACUAGUCUGUUGGUGUUACUGGCUCAAGGGUUGACUGCUUUGACGUGUGAGGCUAUGAUGGGCAAUGCGGAGAACUACCAUGAGUUUCCGGCGAAGAUCAGACCUCAUCCUGGCCAGAUCGAGGUUGCAGCAAAUAUCCGCAAGGGAACUAUCAACUCCAAGUUGAUUGAGACCUCCGGGACGAAAGAUAGACUGCGCCAGGGACUUAUUCAAGAUCGGUAUGCCCUUCGGGGUGCAUCACAGUGGCUUGGACCGGUAGUCGAGGACCUCGGAUUAGCCAUGCAGCAACUUACCACGGAACUCAAUUCCACGCAAGACAACCCAGUGAUAGACUCUUCGACAGGCGAAGUAUACUUCUGCUCCAAUUUCCAAGCCGCAUCCGUCUCAAUGGCGAUGGAAAAGACACGCGGGGGUCUUCAAAUGAUCGGCAAGCUGCUAUUCAGCUACUCCUCUGAACUGAUCAACCCAGACAUGAACAAAGGCCUGCCAGCAAACCUCGCAGCAGAUGACCCAAGCUUGUCAUUCACGAUGAAGGGCGUCGACAUCAACAUGGCGGCAUAUAUGUCCGAGCUUGGCUUCCUGGCCAAUUCGGUGACAUCGCACGUCCAGUCCGCCGAGAUGAACAACCAGCCCAUCAACUCGCUUGCCUUAAUUUCAGCAAGAUAUACACUGCAAGCAGUCGAGCUGGUCUCUAUGAUGAGUGCGGCUCUUUUGUAUGUGACAUGCCAGGCGGUGGAUCUGCGCGUCCUUCACGAAACAUUCUUGGAAGAUCUCAACAACGUGGUGUGGGCGACAUUCGACUCCCUGCAUAUCCCGCCAGAGAAGAGUUCGAGCCUACAAAAUGAGCUUCUCCAGGCUCUCCGCAAUUCGUGGAAAAAUUCUGCGCGUGAUGAUCUCUCUGUCAGGAUCGAGGCGCUAUCCACAGCCAUGGCGCCAGUUCUGCUAGUCAAUCCCAAGGAAAUAAAUGCCGAGGAUCCAAUCGCGGCAAUUGAGUUCGUACAAAAAGACGUUUGUGAGCGAGCAAGGACUGCAUAUCUGCGCUGGCGAGCGGAGGCAUUCUCUGGUCAGCUUAAUGCAGAGUCGUCUCUGGGACCUGCUGCGAAGGCCCUCUAUCACUUUGUUCGACGGGAUUUGGACGUUCCAUUCCACUGCGGCAUUGGUGAACAUCCAACUUGCGACACAGAGGCUGCGGCAGAUAUUCCUUUACGUCCGCGGAAAACCGUCGGCUCGUGGAUAUCGAUUAUUUAUGAUGCUGUGAGAGAUGGGAGGAUUCGACAGCCAUUGAGAGCUGAGUAG